GCCCGUGGAUGAGCCACAGGACUUCCUCCACCUUCAGAGCGGAGAGAAGUUUCCACUCCUCCUCCUCCUCCUCAUCCUCAGCCUCCUGCGCCCUCCCGGCCCAGGAUCCACCCAUGGAGAAGACCUUGAGCAUGUUUUCCGAGGAUUUUGGGAGCUUCAUGCGGCCCCACUCGGAGCCCCUGGCCUUCCCAGCCCGUCCCGGGGGUCAGGGCAACGUCAAGACCCUCGGAGAUGCCUACGAGUUUGCAGUGGACGUGAGAGACUUCUCACCUGAAGACAUCAUCGUCACCACCUCCAACAACCACAUCGAGGUGCGAGCUGAGAAGCUGGCGGCCGAUGGCACGGUCAUGAACACCUUCGCUCACAAGUGCCAGCUGCCUGAGGAUGUGGACCCAACAUCAGUGACCUCGGCCCUGCGGGAAGACGGCAGCCUCACCAUCCGGGCCCGACGUCAGCCACACACAGAGCACGUCCAGCAGACCUUCCGGACGGAGAUAAAAAUCUGAGGGCCUCCCAGUGCCCCUGCCUUUCCCGCACCCC